AUGUCGAUGGACUUGGAUGCUCCGGCACCCUUCCAACAGGUGUCGUUUCAGCCACAGCAGCAAGCGGCAACUAUUCUGUGCUGCAACUGCGGUGCCCCGAUAGAUGGAACAACCGCUGCGGGCGCGCUAUGCGAAGACUGUAUCAAGCUCACCAUCGAUAUAUCCCAGGGAAUUCAGCGAGAAGCUACAUUACAUAUGUGCAAGGACUGCGAGCGAUGGCUACAACCACCUAGUCAGUGGGUCAGUGCUUCCCUAGAAUCUAGAGAGCUGUUGGCAUUAUGUCUUCGGAAAUUACGAGGUCUUUCGAAGGUUCGGAUCGUUGAUGCAAGCUUCCUCUGGACCGAGCCACAUUCGAAACGAAUUAAAGUGAAGAUCACUAUUCAGCAGGAAGCUUUCCAGGGUACGAUUCUACAACAGACAUUUGAGGUGGAAUACGUCGUUGCGUCCCAACAGUGUCCGGAAUGUGCCAAAUCUUAUACUGCGAAUACAUGGCGAGCCUCUGUCCAGGUUCGGCAAAAGGUGCCCCAUAAAAGAACUUUCCUCCAUUUGGAACAGCUCAUCCUUAAACACGGGGCGCACAAGGACACCAUCAAUAUCAAGGAGGUUAAGGAUGGCCUGGAUUUCUUUUUUUCACAAAGGAACCAUGCAGAGAAGCUGGUGGAUUUCCUUUCGUCUGUUUCCCCUGUCCGUGUAAAGAAAUCCCAACAGCUCAUUUCGAUGGAUAUCCAUACGUCGACAAAAUCGUAUAAAAUAUCAUUUUCAGUCGAGUUGAUCCCUAUAUGCAAAGAUGACCUCGUGGCACUUCCAAUAAAACUUGCUAGGUCACUAGGGAACAUCUCACCUCUUACUCUCUGCUAUCGAGUUGGCACGUCUGUUAACCUUCUCGACCCUAAUACUCUUCAAACCGCUGAUAUCCCUUCACCAAUAUACUGGAGAUCACCGUUCAAAAACUUAGCAGAUAUCCAACACCUCGUUGAAUUUAUCGUUAUGGAUAUUGAACCGAUCGGCCAGUCAAGCGGUCGUUUCUACCUUGCUGAAGCCACAGUUGCCAGAGCAUCAGACCUAGGCGCCAAUGAUACUACCUAUUUUACCCGCACACACCUUGGUGGUGUUCUUCAUCCUGGUGAUUCUGUAAUGGGAUAUCACUUGACAGGAACUAACUUCAACGACGAAAACUUUGAGGCCUUGGAACAAAACAACACCUACAGUUCUACAAUCCCUGAUGUUAUACUGGUUAAGAAACACUAUCCAAGGAAGAAGAAGCAUAAGAGCCGCAACUGGCGACUGAAGCGUUUAGAUCGUGAGGAAGAGGAACCAUCGUCAGAUAGACACCAAAAUUCAAACCGUCUGGAAGAGGACUUCGAGACGUUCCUGCGUGAUAUCGAGGAGGAUACCGAACUUAGGAGCACACUGGCGUUGUAUAAGUCUCAGCAGAAGAUGAAAACUCAUGCAGAUCAUAUGGAUGGGGUAGAAAUGAAUGUUGACGGAGAUAGCGACGAUGAUGACAUUCCGAAAAUUAAUAUGGAGGAGCUGCUGGACGAGUUUGAGGAGCUCAAUAUGGAGGACAAUCAAUAA